AUGAAGGGGUUGGAGAGAGGAGCCAAAAAUCAGUUUUCCACUUUCAGCAAUUUCAUCACAACUAUCAACCAAAAGAAAGAAGGCAUCGGAAACAGAAAUUCGCCUACGCAACUUGUUAUACCCAACAUCAAAAAUGUGAGAGACCUACCGCCUAUUUGCCUCGAUGUACGACAAAAGCAGCGCAUCUCUAUAGAUACACUACCCCAAGAACUGAAAGCACCAGUUCCUCCUGAACCUUCCCUUCCCAUCCGAACCAAAACUGUGAAAGAUUUUCAGGAUGAUGUGGAAAAGGCUAAGUCAUCAGGAGAUUGGAAAGCUGUACAUGAUUUUUAUUCUACAACAUUUGAUUCUUUCCUGGAGAUAAAUGCUGCAUUUAAGAAAGAUACCAAUUCUCCAUUUAAUACCAUUGAGGACUCUGGAAUCAAUGCAAAAUUUGUGAAUGUUGUCUAUGAUGCCUUAUUAAAUACUCCUCAAGAUGUUCAGAAGUCAGUCCUAAAAGGAAUAAUUAAUGGUCUGCUACAAGAAUGGAAAGGGCCACGAACAAAAGAUGAUCUUAGAGCAUACUGUAUACUUUUACAGAAUCCUCAAUUUAGUAACACUUCUACUUAUGUCAUCUAUGCUCACUUGCUAAGACAGAUAGCAGCCUUAACAGAAGCUGACCAUCAUUUCCUAGUGCACUGGUCUAAAAAGAUUUCACAGAGGAGGUUCAAGCAGCUGGUGGACAGGUUACUGCAAUUUAUUUCUUUACGCCUGUUUCCUGCAAAACCUGAAGAGUUUCCACCUAUGGUGAAAUGUACCUGGUGGAUUCCAUCAGCAACCAAAGUCCUGGCUUUAUUUAAUGCUGCAAAUAGUCUGAUCAGUCCUUCUGUUAUUUCAUAUACGGAUUUCUAUAAUUCUACACUUGAUCAUAUUGAUCUUAUGGAAGAAUAUCAUAACUGGCAAUGUUAUGGAAAUUCUCACAGGUUUUCUUUCUGUCAGUACCCAUUUAUUAUUUCUAUAGCGGCAAAAAAAGUUAUUAUUCAAAGGGACUCAGAACAACAGAUGAUAAGUAUUGCACGGCAAAGCCUUGUGGAUAAAGUCUCUCGCAGACAGAAACCUGACAUGAAUAUGUUGUUCCUAAAUGUGAAAGUGAGGAGGACGCACCUUGUUAGUGAUUCACUUGAUGAGCUAGCAAGGAAGAAGGCAGAUCUGAAAAAGAAGUUGAAAGUCACAUUUGUAGGGGAAGCUGGUCUUGAUAUGGGUGGCCUGACAAAAGAAUGGUUUCUUCUUCUGAUUCGCCAGAUUUUUCACCCAGAUUAUGGCAUGUUCACCUACCACAAGGACUCACACGGAGCUCUUAUGGGGCUUGCUGUAUAUAAUAGCAUCACCUUGGAUAUUCGUUUCCCACCUUGCUGCUACAAGAAAUUAUUGAGUCCUCCCAUUGUUCCUUGCGAUCAUAACACACUUGUAGGCAUCUGUGAUGUCACAUUAGAUGACCUGUUUCAGAUUAUGCCCGAACUGGCCCAUGGACUAAGUGAACUUCUAUCCUAUGAAGGCAAUGUAGAAGAGGAUUUUUACUCAACCUUUCAGGUUUUUCAGGAAGAAUUUGGUGUCAUAAAAUCUUACAACUUAAAGCCAAAUGGAGAUAAAAUUCCAGUCACAAAUCAGAAUAGGAAAGAAUAUGUGCAGCUCUAUGUUGAUUUUCUUCUCAAUAAAUCAAUCUACAAACAAUUUGCAGCUUUCUAUUACGGAUUUCAUAGUGUCUGUGCUUCAUAUGCAUUACUGCUACUUCGUCCAGAAGAAGUUGAAAUUCUUGUCUGUGGCAGUCCUGAACUGGAUAUGUCCGCUUUACAGCGAAGUACUCAAUAUGAGGGCUACCAAAAAACUGAUCUUACUAUACGAUACUUUUGGGAUGUAGUGCUUGGAUUUUCUCUUGACCUUCAAAAGAAGCUGCUACAUUUUGCCACAGGAAGUGAUAGAGUACCUGUGGGAGGAAUGGCUGAUUUGAAUUUCAAGAUUUCAAAGAGUGAAACAUCCACUAAUUGGUUACCUGUGGCCCAUACCUGCUUCAACCAGCUUUGUCUCCCUCCUUACAAGAACAAGAAGGAACUGAAGCAAAAGUUGAUCAUUGGAAUUUCAAAUGCAGAGGGUUUUGGUCUAGAAUAACAUUAAAUACUUUAAGAACAGCAUUUUUAUGUAGCAUUCACUCUCUUCUAAUUGUGCCUUUAAGCUUUUUGUUGUUACGUCUCUUGAUACUGUGCCAGUCUUACCCAACUUAGAUUUUUUUUUUUUUAAAUAAUUAAAUAUGAAGUGUAUGGUUUUUCCUGAAUGGCAAUACAUUUACUGCUUGCUUUGUCACACAGAAAGUAGCUUUCUUUGUACAAAAAGCUAGUCUAUUCGAUAAACGAAACCCAACUAAGACAAUUUCUAAGUUAUAGUUUGUUUCUGUUUUUUCUUAAUAGCACUUUAUCAUUAAUCUUAAUUCCUUUAUAUCACAGAUAUCCCACUGGGAGAUAAUAUACAGAAUAUUUCUUUAUUAGCUAAUCCCAGUGGUGGAAUGUUUUCAAUUAACAUGAAUAAUAGGAAAAAAAAAAUACAGCAUGUAGCCAUAUUUUCACAAAGGCAAAUAGGAAUUUUAGUCUUUAUAAAAUGUAUGCAGUUUUAAUAUUCUGGUUUUCCUUGUCAAUGAAACAGGCUGUCUAAGAAGCAUGUAAAUAACUGCCUUUGAACAAAUAGGGUUUUGGUAGUGCCAUUUACUGCUAAAAAAUUAUUUUUUAUGAAUUAGAGGUUUUAGAUGUUCUAUACUCAGCUUUUACGCUUGACUGUACAAGAGUGUUAAAAGGUAGUUUCUUCAGCUUGAGGGGAUUCAAGUUCAAACUACAGGUAUUAAGCAACUUGUAUGUUCAUUCUUUGACAGCAAACUAAGCAGAUCUACUGUAGCGUUGUAGUAAAUAAAACUAGAUAUUUUAAAAUAAAUUCCACAUAUGGUGAAAUAUUUCAGGAAAAGAAUUAAAUCCACAACACAUGGAAAACUGAUGAGUGUAUCAUGCUAUCAUUUUUUUAAGCAACUUUGUUGAAAGUCUUAAGUAAGCUGUGACAAAAGUGAAUACAAUAACAUUUCAGAAGAAUGUUGAUGCUUUCAUUAACUUGAAGGCCAGCAUUUAAAGACAAUGUUUUGUGGUUUUCACUACGCAAACUACAUGAAAAAAAUUCUUGGUAUGCCUGCUCUGAGUUAGUAAAUUAGGAGCUGGGAAAGAAACUGGUCCUAAAAUGCAGCUGUAAUUAUAAGUCUGGGUUUUAUUCAUUAAACAGAAAGAAUUUAUCAGCAUGCAGUAUAGUAUUUUUUUAAUAUGAGUAGCUAGUCUGUGUUCUAUAGAUUUUUUCUUUCAGCUGAAUGAGGCCCAGAUUGUUCAAGACACUUUGGCAUCUAAUUUGUCAGCUUUCCCCAUUGACUUCUGCUGGGGCAUGGAUGCUUAAAUAUCUUUAGUGUCUGUACUCAGUUACUUAUUUGCAAUAAGAGUAAAAUAUUAUAUUAUUCUUGUUUGCCCUUUCUGUAUUAUUUAUAUACGACCAACAGAUUUACACAUGGUGAACAAAUGAAUCUGCCUAAUCUGUAGUUUCAAAGCUGUUGUGGAUUUUCUUCAAUAGCUAAGUGUAAAUUUUAUUUUAUUCUAUUUCUUAGAGAAGGUACUGGCAAUUUUACUGUUUUAUUAAAGCAGAGAUAAAUAGUAGGAUAUUUUAAAAUAUUUGGCACUGUAUUCAUUUUGCUCUCCUUGAAACCAGUAAUAAAAUUUCCAUUGACUUCAGCCUGGAACAAAACUAGGUUAGCACAGAGAGUGUUAAAAGUAGCUCUUCAAACUUGUGCAUUUUACAUUUUCUCUCAAAUGGAGAUUUUAAAGUAAAUUUUAAUUUACAGGAUUUUAGAUGUUAAGAAAUAAAUUAAACUUUCACCAUUGCACUGAAUGAACUAGAUAGCUUCAAGCAAUGUUAAAUUUCCAACAGCUGAAUGUGGUGGAUGUAGGUAAGAAAUCUGGAAACAAACACCUCCCCCCUUUCCCCUCUCUGUAGAAUUGGACUCACGGAAGGUUGGCUUAUGAAUAAAUAGCUAUACAGUUUAUCUGAAAACACGGCAAAUUAGCCAAAAUAUUUUUUUAUGGCUUAAGCCCACUUUUAAUAACUAUUUAUCUAUUAUUGUUAAAAUAAAAGCUUUAUCUUCUUAUUUUCACUGAAUUGCACUUUGCCUUGAGUUUAGUUUUAUUUAUUGAAGCUUUUUUGAUUUACUGUGUAAUAUUACCUCAGAAUUCUAAAAAGGCUAUUGUAUUUGCAUCAGUUUUUAAAUAAGAUUGUCAUUCAAUGACAUUUUAUAUAUUUCCUGAUGUUGAUAAAUGAAAUAGUAAAUUUUGUAUUUGUUAAAUGAAAGCAUUGCACUGUAUUUAUGAAAUAAGCCUCUGAUCACUUUGAAACUUUUCCUCAAUGAUGUUUUGUUGUUCUUUUUGUCUUGCCCUGUAAUCCAGCAAAUCUUUUUUUUAUCUCCAUCAUUGUUUUGUACCGUACAAAAGAAAUCUGGUUUGUAUAAACUUGUUCAUUACUAAGUAUCUAUUUUUAUGUAUUAAAAUUGUGCAGUCAUUAAAUCAAAUAUUUCAA